AGUAACUGUACGCCCUAUGUAUUUCUGUUCAAUGUAGUCCUACGUUUGAAAACAGUUUGAACAAUAUUUCGAUGAGAAUUCACUUACAAUUUCUGGGAGAAAGUUAUUCUCGAGCUGCGUGAAAAAUCAUAUCGCGAAACACAACAAUAAAACAAGACACAACGUCAGAAUGAAAAUCGAUGCAAAAGUAGGCCGGGAUCCUUUAUCCGAAUUCUAAUUUUCAAUCGAAGCAAGCAUUUUGUUGAUGCGACGAUUUUGCUCACUGAGGAUUAUAGUUACAUGAGAGAAGCAACUAAAAUUCUCACCAGAAGCCAAAAUGGAGCGAGGACCAGUUACUUCAAGAAUUCCGUCAAUACCAAAGAUUCCCAUAUGCUCUUGGGCCAGUCAGGAGACUGGAGUUAAGAAGGAAAAGGAUCGUACUUCGAAGAAGGGCGUUGAAUAUGUAGGCAAUCAACAAAUGGAGAAAAAACAUCAAAUAUGGUUUUUCAACUACAGUGGAUGGUGGAUGUGGAUUGAAGAAGAAACAUCGCCGCAGCUUGUCCCAAUUGACAUCAAGUUAUCGUAUGCGAACUUCAAUGAACCUAAAAUAGAGAGGAUCGAGGAUAUAACUCCUCUGGAGUUGGUUCCCAGUGACGCGCAUCUGGAGGAUGAUGACGAAGAUGUAUUUGACUGGGAACCAGGAAAUAUUUCGGAGAUAGACUAUCCAGUUUUAAUGAAGAUAAAAGCUGAAAGAGAUCUCUUGAAAAUAAAAGCAGAGAACGAGAAACUUCGGCAAGAGAACCAGCGAUUGAAGGCUAAAAAAGGCGUAAGCCUAAUAAACCGAUUAUGUUUCCGAUUCAUGCUAUUCAUGGUGGGCGAGGUGGCGGAAUCGGUUUUUAACUCAUUUUGAAUCAAUUGUAUCAACUGAAUUAGGUGGUGAAUGUUUUUUGUGUUGCGUUGUUUUGUGUAUUUUUUGUUUGUUUUCUGUUGUUGUUGCGAGUUGUUGUU